ACGAAGAUUCAGAAACAGUUGAAGGCUUUAGUCCUGAAUUGGAGAAUCAAAAUGGAGAGAAAGUGAAGCAAAAACCGCUUUUAGAAACCAUCGUUUAUAUUUUUCGUUUUGCAGAAUACAGAAGAAUAAUGGGGGGAAAUUUGACUCUGGAUAGUGAAGGAAGACCAUUUAGAAUGCUUGUUUUUAGAGGAAGCCCGAAAUCAAGUAGAAAAUCGAUUCGAUAUGUUGAUGAAAUUAGGCGUAGCAAUGAAGACAAUUUCAAAAACAAGAAUCACAUUAGCCAACAAAGAAAAUUACCCAAGAAGGAAACCAAAAUACUAGAUGCACCUUUCAUUCAGGACGAUUUCUACAUGAACGUAAUGGAUUGGGGGAAGAACAACAUUCUCGCAGUUGCUUUGGGACAAGAAUUGUACCUUUGGAACCCGGUGAAUGAAGACACAUAUCGUCUACUUAGAACCGAGAAUUUAAAUGACCCUCCGUCCAGUCUUUCAUGGUCUCACGAUGGCAAAACACUCGCGGUUGGUCUUUCACAAUCACAUAUUCAGCUUUUCGACGCGCAAACUAGCAAACUUAUAAACAGACUAGAAGGUCAUCAUGUAGUUGCAACUUCAUGGAAUGGCCACAUUUUAACAUCAGGCAGUGGCAAAGCCAUUUUGAACCAUGAUGUGAGGGUUAGAAACAGUUUGGUGUCGCGUUUAAAGGCGCACAGGAUGCUUAUCGCCAGCUAAAGUUGCUAGCGACGAUAUUCAGGUUCAAAUUCCGAUUGUGAUUCUUGUUUGAACGGUCUUGAUUGGAUCAGUAGGUUGUUUACCAGAAGCAAAUGAUCGGUUUCUACUUCUGAUGUGGUAUAUGUAUGCAAGGAUGGAGAGACUUAUGCAGACCUCUCAAAUGUGUGCUCUUGAGCCACAUUAGUUUUUGAACAUGCUGAUAGGAUGUGCUGUAAGACAUACUUGACUACAAAAUCCUUCAAAAACACCUAAUAUAAUCAGGCCAUGGUGACAAAAAGAGGAAGAAAAAUAUCGAACCUGAACCAGCUCUGCCAAAUCCAUGGAGGUCGCUUGUAUUUAUACAAUUAGUUAAUGGGUCAUAUCGUGUUUGUACAGAUAUUGGUUUUGUAGCUGAAGUGAGCUGGGACAUUUUGCAUGGUUGAUAAGCAAUUUUCUCGGGUUGUCUAGCUUUCUUGGUAGGUAGAAAGUAAGAGGAAAAUAACAGUAGAAUAGCAUCUUUCAGGUUUAUCUUAUCAAUGUC